UUCCUUCCCCCGGCUACGUGUAUUACUGUAUAUCUACAUGUACUAUGUACAGUCCAUCCACUUAAAUAAAUAGGGGUCGAGUUAUCUAAGUGACAUUGGCAGGCGUAACUAUACGAGUAGCUCUACGAGUGGGUCGGUCCACAUGCCCUUUGAACUUACUGCAACUUAUUGUCAGAGCCAGUCGGUAUCGAGAAUCUGACUAUUGCACACGUACUACGUGCAAGUGUGCAUUGUUAGGCCUACACACCAUCACACACACACACACACAUACGCACGCAUAGUUCUGGGUAGUGUAGUACGAAGUGACCCGAGGAUCAGACGAGUCCCUCCUCCCUCGUUCCUGGCUAGCCCCACCUCCAAUCCAGCCUUUUGAGAGCAUCCAGCCUUCAUCCAACAUUGAGUGGAGGAGCCAUCAUGGAGCUGAUUCGCGACAAAUUGGAGCUCUUGCGGGUCCUCUUGAAUGAGCAAUGCUCCAAUUUGGAGCCGUGGCAAAUCGUGUCGAGAACGGCAGCCAUCACGUUGAUAGCCAGUUAUGUGUACUCCCAGGCCACUCACAAGACGCCGUUUUCCCGACGAGCCAAGAAAUGGGUGUUCCGUCAGGUUCGCCGUCUGCCCAUGGUUCGUAAUCAAAUCGAGUCGGAAAUGGUCAAGCUCAAGGACAGCUUUGAGGAGGAGCUCCUGACGCCCUCCCAAGAGUUGGCGGAUCACUCCCACCUGCCCCAACGUGGUAUGCCCAAAGAGGAACUUCUUCAACUGACCAAGAAGUAUCUGGAUGUGGGCGAGUUCCAUUGGAGCGAAGGCACGCAAUCGGGGACGGUUUACAACUGUAAUGAUGAUCUCACCCAGUUGAUGACCGAAGUCUACGGCAUGGCGGCUUGGACGAAUCCCCUUCAUCCCGAUUCAUUCCCCGGUUUGCGUCAGAUGGAGGCGGAGGUGGUUCGAAUCGCCUGCCGCUUGUUCCAAGGAGGUCCGGAUUCGUGUGGAACCGUGACGUCAGGCGGGACCGAAUCCAUUGUGCUGGCUUGCAAAGCCUAUCGGGAUUAUGCCCGCAAUAUCAAAGGCAUUGAGAACCCGGUCAUGGUGGUGCCCGUGACAGCUCAUGCUGCUUUUGAUAAAGCCGCGGAUUUAUUGGAUAUCACCAUUAAGCACGUGCCGGUGGAUCCCAUUACCCAACGCGUUGAUAUCAAAGCCAUGCGACGAGCCAUCAGUGGACGAACGUGUCUUUUGGUCGGAUCCAGUCCACAAUUUCCCCAUGGUUCCAUCGACGACAUCACGGCUAUCGGCAAACUGGGCUUGGAUUACGACAUCCCUGUUCAUGUGGAUGCAUGCUUAGGUGGAUUCCUGGUGGUUUUUAUGAAGCAAGCUGGCUUUAACAUUAGACCAUUCGACUUCAGCGUUCCCGGUGUUUGCAGCAUUUCGGCCGAUACGCAUAAAUACGGCUAUGCACCCAAAGGCUCGUCCGUGAUCUUGUACUCAAAGCCCGUAUUUCGCCAUUAUCAAUGGUUCACUUGCCCAGAUUGGCCAGGAGGUGUCUACGCCACCGCCACAAUUGGUGGAUCAAGGGCCGGUGGGAUUAUCGCGGCUUGUUGGGCCGCUCUUAUGUAUCACGGUAUGGACGGUUAUGUGGAGUGUACUAAAAAAGUCAUCACCACCACUCGAUACAUUGCGGAAGAGAUCAGAAAAAUCAAGGGAAUUAAGGUUAUGGGCGUACCCGAAGUGUCCGUGGUGGCCAUUGGAUCCGAUGAUUUCAAUAUCUACGCUUUGUCCGACGCGAUGAAGAAGCGCGGAUGGAACUUGAACGCCCUUCAGUUUCCGGCUUGCUUGCAUUUGUGUUGCACCAUGCUCCACACGAAGGAAGGCGUGGCCAAUCGAUUCAUUCAGGAUGUGAAAGAACUCACGGGCGAAAUUCUGGCCAAUCCCGAGGAGCACAAAGGUGGAAGUGCGGCCAUCUACGGCAUGGCCCAAUCAUUGCCCGAUCGUAACCUGGUCAACGAGAUCACUUGGAUUUAUUUGGAUUCGCUGUAUGCUAUCAAAAAGAAAUAACUGAUGGAUCAAAUUUUGUGUCAUGGCAACGCAAUAUGAAUAGAUAUAUAUUUUCUACACCACAA